AUGCGGUUUAACGCAAGGGAGUUGGCUAUUGUUGUUCAGCAGACAACAAACUUUGACAAGGAAGGAUAUUUGUUCAUGAAAGAAAAGCAUGAGGGCUUCUUUAAGAAAAGUGAAGCCUAUGUAAAUCGCUACAUUCGUCUGAAGGGAAAUUUACUGUUUUACUUCAAAAGCAAAGACAGUAGAGCUGAUCCUCUAGGGGUGAUAGUGUUGGAGAGAUGUGCUGUGGAACUGGCAGUGGAUGAGGAUGUCAACAGUGGAUUUUUACUUGUGUUUGAGGGAGAGGAGCAAGCAUUUCGUUUUGGAGCCAGCACAGAAGCCAUGAGGGAUGAAUGGAUCCAAGCCUUGCACAUAGCCAGCCAUGAGUGUUUAAAGAUGCAGCUGCAGAGUCUGAGAGAGCAGCUGCAGACCAAGACAGGCAACGACAUAGUCCACCUGCCAGUGGAGCCAAGCUCCACUGUGGACUUUGAGUCUCAGACAGAUAAUACAAGUCAGGACCCAGUUUUGGAGAUUUCUAUUGCCUGUUGUAGUCUACCAAAUGACAGUUCUGAUGUUCCACCAAAUGCUUUAGUUGUUGUCCAUACAAUGCUGCCUCCACAGCAGCAGAUCUGGAUGCAUCACAACCAUACAGAAAUUGUGGAGAAAAGCAAUAACCCACAAUUCCUAAAAACAAUUGGUUUUGGAGACAAGUUUGGCAUAGACACAGCCACCAAGGUCAGACUGACGGUCCACCAUGUUGUGGAGAGAAUGACAGGAACAAUGACACAGAUAGGCCAGGCAAUCUUCACCCUCCAGGAUCUGCUCAUGAGCAAUGAUCUAAGUCUGACACUUACUCUCAGGACUCAUGAUUUGAAAGACAAAGGGACCAUCACAGUGACUUCGUGGAUCAACGAUGAGCGGGUCUCGCUGAAUGAGCUUCAGACUCAGCAGUCGGGCACCUACAGCAAGCGGCCUCGCACCUUCUCCCUGGGUAGACACCAACACAAUCUCCAGGCUCACUUCAAUGACAUCAUCAAACGCUCCUUCCGCUUUGCUACAAAUGAUGAGAAAUCUAUGAUCCAGGUAUCCGAAUACAUGGCAGAAAGCAAGUGGACAUUUGAGAUACCCAUUCAGUUAUUACAACUGUGGGUUAAUGAGGAGAAGCAGAUGAUUUCCCUACUACAAGACUUAGGAGAGCUGUUUUCUGAGUGGGAGGAAGAACAACUGUUGUGGAUAAAAUUGGGGGCGGACACGGCUGUCUGCUACAAUAAUGCCUUGGAGGGACUGGCCAGCAGUGCAGGUGUCACAUUCAAGCGAAGUGCAGACAGGGGCAAGCAGGAGCUGGAGUUUGUCCCGGCCAACCUCCACGUGGAGAGAAUGGUGGUCUCCUCCGACCAUGCUCCAUCAGGUAAGGUCUACGACAUCACCACAGUAGGCGCCUUCACUACCCACUGCAGGGACAUGAAGAAUGGUGGCUUGAAACGUUUAAUGCACACUGUCAGAUCCAGUUAUGCCCCGGAGGAAUCAUCCCAACCUCGUGCCAAGAUGCAGCAGGCAUGCAGGAUUCUCAAUGAAGUCACAGAGUUGCGGACACAGCUGCGGUCACAGUGUGAGAAAAUGUUGCUGGCUGCGGAGUUGGAAAACACCGAAUCUGUUGUUUCUAUAAUAGCCAGCAUGAAGGAAAAGGUGGCCAGGUUAAACAGUAUGUGUGCUGAACCACUGGUCGAGUCCGCUGCAGAGUCAUAUCUGUCAGCCAAGAGAAAUGCCAACACUGGCGAAGGUUGUGACUCCUCGUCGCUGAAAAACAUUCAGAGCAUGAGGAAUCCAGUACGGAAGAACUAG